AAUCAAAACGAAAUUAUAGCUCAAUGAGAAUCUACUGGGAAAAGUUAAGGUUGCAUUUCAGCUCUUUGAAACCAAAUUGCCAUUGAUGCCGAUACCUGCAGUUGUUGUCAGUAUGAUGUUUAUUAAGAAGAGACAGAUGAUGGAGGUGUUUCCUCUCAGUUGGAGAAAAGUUUGGAAUGAGUGUGAGCUGCGAGGAAUGAUUCUACUUAGCCUCACUGCCCAAAUAGUUCUCGUCAUUCUUGGAAAUCGUAGAAAGUAUAUUGCCACAACAUGGGUUAGAAUUACUGUUUGGUCAGCGUACUUACUUGCCGAUUAUAUAGCAGCAAUGGCUGGUGGCAUACUCUCAAAUGACAUAGGAGAUGUCUACAUGGAUAGUGGUGUUCUUGAUGCAAACUACGAGCUAAAAGCAUUUUGGGCGCCUCUUUUGCUCUUGCACUUGGGUGGCACUGAUGCCAUUACUGCAUACUCAUUGGAAGACAAUGAGUUGUGGAAAAGGCACUCAUUUGCAGUAUUUACACAAGCAAUGACGACAUUAUAUAUCUUGCUCUUGUCAUGGACGGGCUCUCGUCUUUCCCUACUCUUUAUUGUGAUGUUCUAUGUUGGUCUUGUCAAAUAUUGUGAAAGAGUGUGGGUACUUUAUUUGGCAAGCGAUAAGAAAUUUAGAGACUCAAUUCCAGAUAUCUCUACCAGUGCUUCCAAAAUAAUGGAAGAAUGCAGACUAAAGCAGUUGGAGGGGUACCAUCUCACAACACAUCAAGUACUGGAGAUUGAGGUACCGAAUCAUUCAGUUGAUACAUUAUUAGAUGAACUUGUUCCUAAUGCAAAGCAAUUACUUAUGGCUUAUAGCUUACUUGAGAUGGUCAAGCGUCUCAUUGCAGAUCUCAUACUUAGCGUUCAGGAUCGGGAUGCAAGCAGGGCAGCCUUUGAAAGGGAUAGUAUGUCUUGGGAAAAGGCUUUUGGGGUAAUUGAGAUUGAACUCGGGCUUAUAUAUGACUUGCUCUACACUAAGGCAAAGGUAGUCUACUCUUUUUGGGGCAUUGCUAGAAGAAUCCUUGGAAUCUCCCUUACCAUCAUUGUAUUGGUGGUUCUAACUUUUUAUGAGAUGGUUAGUGAGAAACGACAAUACUCCAAGAUUGAUAUUGCCAUAACUUUGGUAUUAUUGGCAGUUGCUCCUCUUCUAGAGUUAUAUGCAUUUGUGGAAUUGCUUCUCUCUGAUCAAACUAUUCAUUGGUUAAUUGUGCAUAAGAAAACAAACAUUCUACGAGCCAUCAGUUGCAGUUUACGAUUUAUUUGUGCUAAAAAACAGAGGUGGUCCAAUUGCAUUGGUCAGUUCAGUCUGCUAAGCUUUGCCUUAAGAGAAAAACACCUACACUUCCACGGAAUCUUAAUGAAGUUAGGUAUUGAUGAAAUGCUAGAGAUUCACCAAUAUGAGACUCCUGCAUCCAUCAGCAAUGAUUUGAAAGAAUUCAUCUUCAACGAGUUUAGGACUCUUAGGCAUUGGGCGAAAGAUAAUGGCCAUGGCUUAGAUCUUAAAGCUUUGUUUGGCUGUAUGGGAGGCCGCACACUUAAAAAGUACUCAUUUCUUGAGCUUGAAUGGAGUGUUCAGUUUGAGUUUGACCAGAUCAUCCUUGUUUGGCACCUUGCAACAGAAAUAUUAUAUCACAAAGAUUUUGAAUCAACGUUGCAUGAAAGAGCCAAGUGCUUAUCACAAUAUAUGCUCUACCUCCUAGUCAAGCAUCCUAAUAUGUUGCCCAUUGGGAUGGCACACAUCAGGUUUCAGGAAAUUUAUGUUGAGGUUGGACGGUUUAUUGAAGAACAAAUUUCAAAAUCAGUCACAAUAAACGGCAAGAGGGAAGCUAUUGAGAUGUUACAAAAAGUGAACACUAAGGUCAUGCUUACUACCCAAGGAGGAGAUAAAAGUAACUUCGUGAUAUUUCAUGCGUGUAAGCUUGCAUCACAGAUAAACAAUAGAAACUACAGAUGGGAUAUGAUUGCAAGCUUUUGGGUGGAAGUGUUAGGUCAUGCUGCUAUCCAGUGUAAAGGAAGACAUCAUGCUCAGCAGCUGAGAGGAGGAGGGGAGCUUCUUACUCAUGUCUGGCUUCUCAUGGCACAUUUUGGCUUAACCGAUCAUUUCCAGAUACCACGUAAUCGUGCAAUAGCUGAGGCAGUUCAGAGGUAGGAUAAAAAGUAAUCAACUAAUAACUUAAGUUACAUUUGGCAUUUAGUUGGAGAUCACUGCAAGAAAGGACACCGUUUCUUUUUUUAAGGACCAUUAUUGGUUUACAAUUUCUGUUCAUGGAAAUGUGUAUAAUAUUGUACAUAUUUAUUUAGUCUAUGAUGCAAUGUUCAUUUGGAACAGAAGAGCCAAGACACCUUUAGAUUGAGUAUU